AUGGCAACAAAGAACCAUGUUCGCUCUAAUAGUUUUCCAUCUCAAUCUCAUCCAAGCUCUACAAGAAUAAAACAAGAACUCAACAAAAUCAAGACAUGGGAAGCCUCAUCAACAACUACAUCUGAUUCAAUUAGCAAUGGUCUUUCCAAGCUUGAAGAUUUGUAUAUUUCUUUGGAAGAUCAUCUCAAUAUGACAUCAACGAAAAAGGUCAUUUCUCAUCACCAAGAUGAGAAAUUCGUAGAAGAAUUGUUGGAUGGUUCAAUUAAAAUUUUGGAUAUUUGUGGCAUCGCAAGAGACACUGUCAGAAAUUAA